GUGAACUCUGACUUCCGAAAACCAGGAGGAGUUGCGGGCUUCUGAGGAAGCAGAUUUUGUUGGUACGGUCACACUGGCGGUCAGCUGUACUUUUAAAUAAAAAGGACAUUCAUUGCUAGCUUUACACUAUAAUAAAACGAUGACAACGUAAAUCAGGACUAAGAUCUCCACGUCAUGUUCAUUAGGAUAACCCUGAACAGCCUUGUAGCAUCGAUCAUCAUUGUCGUCCUGGCUGUGUACUGGUACCGGCUUCCUGGAAGAGGUGCCAAGCCAAAGGUGGCCAGGAGACCACCGCCAGAUCCUGAGGAUCCUUUGCCGCCUUCCAAUUCGCCACUGCACCAAUUUUCUCGUUCGGCUAUAUGCUCCGACCACAAUGUGUGCAGCUUUUUGGCGCGAAACGCCCUGGAAAAGGGCGGCAGCGCCGUGGAUGCUGCCCUUGCGGCCCUCCUUUGCAACGGUCUCGUCGGGAUGCAAAGCAUGGGACUCGGCGGCGGCAUGCUAAUGAACAUCUAUGUUCACGAAGAACGUAAGUCCUAUUGCAUCCUGGCGCGUGAAAUAGCUCCGCUAUUGCUGCGCGCAGGCAAUUUCUCCGCCUUUCGUGACGAGCAGGAAUUCAGGCAGUCUAGCUGGUCCGUCGCCGUGCCCGCCGAGUUGGCUGGCUAUGCCCAGGCCCAUCAACGAUUCGGGAGGCUGCCGUGGUCUGAGCUGGUCCAGCCAACGGUAAAGCUUUGCCACAGUGGCUAUCGGCUGUACAAGCAUCAGUACGAUGCCCUUGUCCUAAACCAGGACAUGGUUAAGGGCGAUCCCCGGCUUCGGGAAAUGUUCAUCGAUCCCGAUUCGGAUACUGGGCAGUUCUGGCCGAUCGGUCAUCUCAUCAAGCCGCCGGCUCAAUUGUGCGCCACCUAUGAACGGUUAGCCCGGGAAGGACCGCUUAGUUUCUACAACGGAUCGAUUGCCGAAGAUCUACUAGCUGACUUGGCGGAUGUUGGGAGUGCUAUUACACGGAAAGACCUAAACCACGCCGAUGCAAAGCUAAGCAGGGCAAUUGUGAUGCCGCUGGAUGAGUACGAUCUGCACCUGACCCCGCCACCGGGCAGUGGUCAUAUUCUGGGCUUUAUCAUGAACAUUCUGCGCGAAUUCCGAACGGAUUUUGCAAGCAACCCGAAUAUGGGAGCCAGGGAUAUACAUCGGAUGGUGGAGGCCAUGAAGUUUGGCUUCGUCAAGCGCUGGCAGCUGGACGAAUCGGCCGACAGAGAGCUCCUGGCCAACCUGAGCAGCCCUGAAUUGGCCCAAUUGGUGGCAGCACAAAUAAGUGACUUGCAGACCUUUAAUACCUCUGAGUUCUAUGGAGACCUCCUGGGGAUACAGACACGGGAUGAACACGGCACCGCACAUACCUCGGUGCUCCAUGGCAACGAUGCCGUUUCGGUCACCAGCUCCAUUAACUUUUACUUUGGCAGUGGACGCACUGGAAGGCGCACAGGUGUGCUCUUUAACAAUGCCAUGUCGGAUUUUUCCUUUGAGCAACUUAAAAAUUAUUUCGAUUUACCCUUUGUGCCCGGCACAAAUGGUAUUGCUCCCUCGGCUCGUCCCAUGUCCUCGAUGUCUCCCGUUAUUGUCACGGAACGCUCAUCGGGCCAAGUCCGUUUAGUUGUGGGUGCCGCAGGUGGAACCAAGAUCAUAUCCUCCCUGCUACCCCUGCUCGUGCGCACUCUUUGGCAGCGAGCAAACAUUAAGACUGCCAUCGAUGCCAGUCGCAUCCACCACCAGAUGCAGCCGAACCUUCUGUUCUACGAAUAUGGGCUAGUGCAGAGCCAUGUCCAGAGCCUGCAGGCCAAAGGCCACCGCUGCGAGCGCUAUGAGCAACGUGGAUCGGUUAUUUGCGGUAUCACACAGCAGAAUAACACCGUUUGGGUGAACUCUGACUUCCGAAAACCAGGAGGAGUUGCGGGAUUCUGAGGAGGCAGAUUUUGAUGGUGUAUGCGGCGAACAGUGGCCAGGCUAGAGCGAUCAUCCAAGCAGGCAAACCGACCAAUCAAC